AGUCCUAGCCUUGUCUUCAGCUCAAAUGCACUAUUUGUUGCUGCCGGGGCUGCAUUACUUUCAACUUGCGAGGCUCCUACACAGCAUAACAACUUUUGUUUUGUGUCGCGUAUUCACGUGUCUCCUGAGAAGAGGAUACUAGCUAAGGAAAAAAGUUUUCACCCUCUCAUUGGUGAACGGAAACUGCUGCGUUUUAAUUUCUUUUUCUAAGCAAAAUGCCGCAGCUCAACAGUGGUGGGGGAGAUGAUCUCGGAGCGAACGACGAAAUGAUUUCCUUCAAGGAUGAAGGCGAACAAGACGAAAAGAUCCAGGAGAACGCUUUCACGGAGAGGGACUUGGCUGACCUCAAGUCGUCUUUGGUGAAUGAAUCGGAGAUAAAUCAGAACUCAAACGCAGCGGUGGUCAGGCGAGGACACCACCACCACCACCACGAUGAGCAGAGAGUUUACCCAGAAAAACACAGAGAACAUCUCGAAGAUGUGUCGAAGCAGGAUGGAGGGAUGUACAAGCCGCCAUACUCCGGUUAUCCAUUCCUGAUGCUGACAGACCCAUACCUCCCAGGCGGAUCAGUGUCACCAUCUUCCAACAAAGUGUCGGUGGUCCAGCAGUCCCACGGGAUGACCCCUCACGGCAUGCUACUGCAGUAUCCCAGCUCUGACCACUUCAACCCCAGCCCUGCACACCUGCCCACGGACAUGAGCCAGAAACCAGGUGUCCACAGGCACCAGUCCCAGGAUCUGUCCAGUUUCUACUCACUUGCCCCUGGGGGCGUGAGCCAGAUCUCCCCCUCCAUGAACUGGCAGCCUCAGCCUGUGUACCCCCUCUCCUCCUGUGGGUUCAGGCAGUCGUACCCCUCCAGCCUCCCCAGCAGCUCCUCCUACCCCAGGUUCUCUCAUUCUCUGAUGCUGGGCCCCUCGGGUAUGCACCCCACAGGCAUCCCACACCCUGCAAUAGUGCCCCCCUCUGGCAAGCAGGAGCAUGACCAGUACGACAGAAAUAUGUAUGCCAAACCCCACCCAGAGCCCAAGAGAGAGAAGGAGCCCAAGAAGCCGGUGAUCAAAAAGCCGCUCAACGCUUUCAUGCUCUACAUGAAGGAGAUGAGGGCCAAGGUGAUCGCAGAGUGCACCCUGAAGGAGAGCGCAGCCAUCAACCAGAUACUGGGGAGACGGUGGCACGCGCUGACCCGUGAGGAGCAGGCCAAGUACUACGAGCUGGCCAGGAAGGAGCGACAGCUGCACAUGCAGCUCUACCCCAGCUGGUCCGCCCGGGACAACUACGAUGCAGGCCUUAGAGGGGCCGGGGCGGAAAAGCGAAAAGCUGAUGGGGGCAAGAAGAAGAGGAGGAAACGGGAGAAGCAGCAGCAACAAGACCCCACCACAGAUAACUCUCUUGACUGUUCCUAGGAGGAAAAAGAAGUGCAUUCGCUACCUUCAAGGAGGACGGUGCCCCAGCACCCAUUCUUCCGAUGGAAGUGCUAUAGACUCGCCCUCCUCCCCUGUGUACCCCUUCCAGCAGCCGCGCUCCCCCACCCCCGCCCCCCCACGCGCCCCCACGCCCGCAUCCCCCCCGCCCAGCGGCUCACCGCCCAGCAAACGACGCCACCCGCUCCACCCCCACCCCAAACUCCACGGACUGUCCAUUCAAACUUUAACCAGGCAACACAAGUGUCCGCCCCAAUAGUCCUGAGCCCCCCCCCACCCUUUACCCCCCACCCACACUAAGCACCCACCCGCUUCAAAAUUGCCCAAACCACAGCUGCCCGCAUCCACUCCCCCCCCCCCCCCCCACCCCCCCAACCCAAGGGGGGAAAGAUCAAGCUGCACCCUAAUGCAAACCACUCAUACCUGGAAAUGGCGAGGUCGCAAACCACCAGAGUGGCCACAUCACAGAUGCGCGUCAAGGAGGACCCAAUUAUACUCUGCGGUUAAGCCCAGGUUUCAAAUGACUUGCCAGUGUUUUGGCUGAUCGACCACUUCAUGGUGCUGUGAUGUUUCUUUUUUUAAAGGAGUUUUUAAAUCACGUUUCUAUUUGCUGUACCACUCUCAAAUCAUGUUUGAUACUAAAAGGAUUUAUCGUACAAAUUCUACUCCAGACCAGCAUCCAGAACAGCUCUUCCAAAACUGGAGUGCUAAAGUGGUAUAAACUCUAGCGCUUAAGAGAUUAGCAUAACAGCUGUGUUGGAAAUUACCAGUGAAAAAAUGUUUCCACCUCAAAUGGCAAGAUUUGUUUUUUCAACAGUCAAACUGUUAAUGCUUUACCAUUCUCACGUCUUCAGUUACUUCAUGUUCUCAAUGGAAGUCUGACUUCCCGUUCACAAAGUGGUUAUGAUCACUGAAGUCUUUUAAAAUGUCAGCAUAUACACUCCAGUUACCCAAAUAAACACAUCUGUACAGCUUUUUGCAGCUUUUACCAGGUUUUCCAUUCAAGGGGUUCAAUAUGUCCUUUUGUCUCAGUAUCUAUGGCACUUUCUUACUGAAUAACCUGCAUUCUGGAUUGGCCAACCAAAGAUUCUGAAAUUUGUGUCGGCAGUCUUAUUUGGUGUGAUGGGAAAGAUUUUUCUCCAGUUCAUAUAUAUAUAUAUAAAAAAAAUCUCUGAUCAUCCUCAGACUGCUUACCAUGGAGCUGAACCAUGGUCAGUUCACUGAAGAACAAUGACUAUUCCUUGCCUGGUGCAGUUUACUUCCAUUCCAUGUCCAUGUUUAUUAUUUGACCAUACGUCAGAGUAUGUUCCUCCCUGGCCUGUCAAACUCUUUCAGUUGUUGUAAAUCUACGUUUUUAUAAAAGUUGAAUCUCUUGAUACAGUAUAUAAGUAAAAAAAAAAAAAAAGCUUUUAUAUGUUUAAAAACUGUUUUUAGUUCUUUUGUCCUACAAGCAAUACAUUUCUAUUUUUUGUUUGGUUUUUAAAAGUAGUGUUUCCAUGUUUCAGUGUUCUCAGCCUCUUGUUUCUGAAACCUCCAUUUUGAGAUGAUGUCGUUUACCACUGCCACUGUGUGCAUGCACUGCCUUAGUUUACCAAAAAAAGACAGCUGACUGACAGACAUAGCUUUACUCCUAAGGUCAUGCUUGCGCACUCACCCUUGGAAAACAAGACGGUUGCCAGACAGAACAGAGAUAAAAGCGGCAGAUAGACCGGAGUAUCAUAUCUCUUUCCUCUGGACCAACCGUGCUCUCUGAUGCUAAACAACUGUAGACAGUCUCUUGUUUUGUUUUGUUUUGUUUUUUGUUUUUGUUUUGUUUUUUUAACACUUCUAGGUCUUGCUUAUGUGUUCAUGAUUUUGUUGGAUGUAUAUUAAAGUAUUUUGAAAAUG